AGAAGAAGAAACAUUCCUCUUCUUCCACACAAAAAAAAUAAACAUCAUUUAUAUCCUUGGGAGGAAAACGAAAAAAAGUGUAAGAGGGGUGUAGGGAAUUUGGGCUGUGAGGGAUGGAUAGGCUGACGUUCGUGUCGCUCCUAUGCCUCGUGGCCGCCACCACGGUCGCCCGGGCCGAGGACCCUUACCUCUUCUUCACAUGGAACGUCACCUACGGCACCAUCUCUCCUUUAGGAGUCCCGCAGCAGGGCAUUCUCAUUAACGGCCAGUUCCCCGGCCCCAACAUCAACUCCACCUCCAAUAAUAACAUCGUCAUCAAUGUCUUUAACUUCCUUGACGAGCCCUUCCUCUUCACCUGGAACGGCAUCCAGCACAGGAAGAACUCGUGGCAAGAUGGUGUGCUCGGAACCAACUGCCCGAUCCCUCCCGGGAAGAACUUCACGUAUCACUUCCAGGUCAAGGAUCAGAUCGGCAGCUACUUCUACUACCCCACCACCGCCGUGCACCGUGCGGCUGGUGGAUUUGGUGGCCUCCGUGUGAACAGCCGUCUGCUGAUCCCUGUCCCUUAUGCUGAUCCCGAGGAUGAUUACACCAUCCUCAUUGGCGACUGGUACACCAAGUCCCACAAGCAGCUCAAGGCCUUGUUGGAUGGCGGCCGGACCCUCGCCAGGCCUGAUGGUGUCCUCAUCAAUGGGAAAUCUGGAAAGGGCAACAAGGACGAGCCCCUCUUCACCAUGAAGCCGGGCAAGACCUACAAGUACAGGAUCUGCAACGUCGGCCUUAAGAACUCCCUCAACUUCAGGUUCCAGGACCACCCGAUGAAGUUGGUGGAGAUGGAAGGUUCUCACGUUGUCCAGAACGACUACGACUCCCUUGACGUCCACGUCGGCCAGUGCUACUCUGUCCUCGUGACCGCUGACAAGGAGCCCAAGGACUACUAUGCUGUGGCUUCCACCAGGUUCACCAAGCAGGUGAUCACCGCCACCGGCAUCAUCCGCUACACCAACGGAAAGGGACCUGCCUCCCCCGAGCUCCCCCCAGCACCAGAGGGCUGGGCCUGGUCUCUCAAUCAGUUCCGCUCCUUCCGCUGGAACCUGACCGCUAGUGCGGCCAGGCCCAACCCCCAGGGUUCUUACCACUACGGCCAGAUCAACAUCACCCGCACCAUCAAGCUCGUCAACUCAGCCACCAAGCUGAAUGGCAAGCUCAGGUAUGCCAUCAACGGGGUCUCGCACCUGAAUUCCGAGACCCCACUCAAGCUUGCCGAGUACUUUGGCGCCGCUGACAAGGUCUUCAAGUACAACGUCAUCUCCGACGACCCGAAGGAGGUCAACUUGGUAACUGUGGAGUCCAACGUGCUGAACGUCACCUUCCGCACCUUCGUCGAGAUCAUCUUGGAGAACCAUGAGAAGAGCAUCCAGUCGUGGCACCUUGAUGGAUAUUCUUUCUUCGCCGUCGCGGUUGAGCCAGGGAGGUGGACCCCGGAGAAGAGGGCAACCUACAACCUCCUUGACGCUGUCAGCAGGCACACGAUCCAGGUCUUCCCCAAGUCGUGGGCCGCCAUCCUAUUGACAUUCGACAAUGCUGGGAUGUGGAACUUGAGGUCCGAGCUGCCCGAGAGGAGGUACCUGGGCCAGGAGCUCUACAUCAGCGUUAUCUCACCAGAACGCUCUCUCAGGGAUGAGUACAACAUGCCCGACAAUACCCAGCUCUGCGGGGCUGUCCUCAACUUGCCCAAGCCCGCCCCUUACACUAUCUAAGUUUUUCACAACCUAUACAUUUGACAAUAUCAUAGAACGAAUGUAUUACAAGGUUAUUGUCAAUGAAUCAACUCCUUGAUCUUUCUAUUCCAUCA